GUUACGGAGGAGGCAAUGGAGCUCUCUGGAGUGCUUAGGGAGUGGAGUGCUGUAGGCGCAGCCGGGGCGAACGGUCCUCUCUUGAAGCGUCGCCACACUCCCGCUUUCCCCUCACAUGCCCUUCGUCCGCGCUCUGAGGCAGUCCGCGCUUCCCAGCGGGCGAUCGAGAGGCCGGGCCGUCUUGCAGGUGAGCGCCGCCCAGAUCAAGUAACUUUUGAGAGUGCCCCUUUUGACGGUCGCCGCUGCCGGGCACCCGCGGAUCCUUCCUGGGCGCAAGUGCAGUUGCCGGACGCCCUUUACUUACCCCGCGGAGAGGCGCACCGCCGUUAACUCUUGCGUCCCAGCGUGCGCUCACGGCCGCUUGGCAAUUCUGGUAAUGUCUACUUGGUCAGGGUGUUUUUUAAAUUAUGUG